AGACGCUUUUAGCCAAUCGUGUUAGAGUGUGGGCGGGACUUCAAGGACGUUUCCUUACGCAUCAUCAUCCCAUGGACUGACUUGGUUGUUGUCGAGCAAGAUGGAGUUCCUUUUGGGAAAUCCUUUUAGUACAUCAGUGGGGCAUUGCAUAGAGAGAGCUACUGAUGGAUCCCUUCAGAGUGAAGACUGGACCCUUAACAUGGAAAUAUGUGACAUCAUCAAUGAAACAGAGGAUGGUCCAAAAGACGCCAUAAGAGCCGUGAAGAAGAGACUGGGCGGCAACAAGAACUACAGAGAAGUGAUGUUGACUUUAACGGUCCUGGAGACGUGUGUGAAAAACUGCGGCCAUCGCUUUCACGCUUUAGUGACCAGCCGGGACUUUGUGGACGGCGUGCUGGUUAAGGUUAUUUCUCCUAAAAACAAUCCUCCCACCAUUGUUCAAGACAAAGUCCUCUCCUUGAUUCAGGCGUGGGCCGAUGCGUUCAGGAGCAUUCCUGACCUCACAGGUGUCGUCCAGGUGUACGAGGAGCUGAAGAGGAAAGGCAUCGAGUUCCCCACAUCAGAAAUGGAGACCCUGUCGCCGAUACACACACCUCAACGUGUAGCGUCCGUUCCAGAGGGCGACUCUGCUUUACACAAGUACAGCAGCACCACCCAACCCAAAACGCAGUCCGUCCCACCAGCAUACAGCAGCCCCCAGGUCCUGAACAUUCACGCCUCCGGAUCCAUCAAUCCCACACCUGAACAGAUCUGUCGGCUGCGCAGUGAGCUGGAUGUCGUCCGUGGAAACGCGAAGGUGAUGUCAGAGAUGCUGACGGAGAUGGUUCCAGGACAGGAAGAGGCAUCUGAUUAUGAGCUACUGCAGGAGCUGAACAGGACCUGCAGAGCCAUGCAGCAGAGGAUAGUGGAGCUCAUCUCUUGUGUUUCUAAUGAGGCGGUGACGGAGGAACUGCUGCAUGUCAACGACGACCUCAACAACAUUUUCCUCCGUUAUGAAAGGUACGAGAGGUUCAGAUCUGGGAGGUCAUCGGCUCAGAGCGUCAACAACGGGGUCCUCAGUGAGGCUACAGAAGAUAACCUCAUUGAUCUCGGUCCAGGCUCCCCCGCCGUGGUCAGCAACAUGGCCAGUGCAGCUCCCUCUAGUUUACCCCCCAACCUCACCGCCUCUGGAGGAAGGCCGUCCUCCCCGGCCACUUUGGCCUCACGUCUGGCUGGCUUAGACAUGGGUGCAGACAGCGUAAGCAGCACUCUCAGCUCCCUGUCCAGCUGUAAGCCCACGCCCGCUCAGGACGACUUCGACGUGUUCGCUCAAACCAGAACCGGCGCCAAAUCUGAACCACAGAAGACUUCUGGGACAGAAGACGGUCGCGCUGCCAGCGGCCCCCCUCCCACUCUGGAUGUUCUUCAGCCGUCUGCUGGGGGGGGUGUCCCGGGUCACUCUGUCAUGGAUGACGUAGAGGCGUGGCUGAGCACCGACGUGAAAGGGGAUGAAGGAGAAGAAGGCGUCACCAGUGAAGAGUUCGAUAAGUUCCUGGAGGAGCGAGCCAAAGCGGCAGAGAUGACCCCCGGCCUCCCGUCGCCCCCUAGCGGCAACCCGGGGGGAGGACAGGGCACCCCCGGCAGGAAGAAGGCCGACAGACAGGAGGGCUCUCUGUUCGCCAUGUAGACCCGCCCACCUUUGACCUCUGAUCCGCAGCCUUAGACCCGACCAGCAGAGCAGCACCUCCACCCAUCCAUGAGCUUUGUGACUCACCCCAGCACUACCCUCCAGUUUGCACAUUCUAAAAACAGGAAGUCUGGAUUCUUCAUGCUGAAUAAAGAGAAGCCUGGAAAGUACGGUGGCCCUGAAGUUCAAAUCGCAUCAUUAAAGACCUCAACAACAAUUUAAAAAAGCAAAACAAAUGAUAAAAAUGACAUUUUAUAAUUACAAAAAAAGGAAAUUUUCAGAAAAUCAAAAUGAAAUUAGUAAAAUAAAUGAAAAAGAUGCAUCUUUCCAACUGAAAUUUCUUUAAUUUUUGUGGCCACGCCCACUGCAAAAGUUUGGUAAUUGUUCGGUUUUUGCUACAAUUCAGGCAAAACAUCAAAUAUAAUCAAAUAAUCUAUGUUUUUUAAUUUUGGAAUUUGUUAUUUAUUUUCUAAAUGUUAUUUGCUUAACUUUUUUAUUUUUUUGUUUUUGCACCAAUGCUAUUUUUUCUUUUGACACUUCCGGGCUACCGUACUUCGGGCUUGUUGUGAACUGCAGAGCUUCACGUCGCAGCUAAUUGUGAUAAAACACGAUUUUAUUUUUAAAAAAGAGGAAAAGCUGAGUCUGUGACACUAGAAAAGGGAUUUCCAGACAAACACACUACGUUUAAUCUUAUUUUUCACUCUUAAAGAAACACAAACUUUCUGUUCAUGACGGUUUUAGUGUUCUUUAGAAACCUGUCGGAACUUGAUUUGUAAAUCUGUAAAUGACAAAUGUCAAGUUUAAUACUUCGUGUGUAUAUUUAAGCAACAUAUAUAUAUAUAAAUAUCUAUGAUUGAGAUGGUAAUUUAAUGUUUUGGGAAAGAGUUGAUGCUCCUGACAAUAGGAUGUACCUUAACCUUUUCAGAGGAAGGGAUCCUUUCUUUCUAAACACUGUUUUUAAUGGAAAGAUGAAGGAAAAAAAGGGAUUUUAGUCGUAGUUGAGCUGGAAAAUCUGAGACUAAUUAAUGAGUUAAUGAAAACGAAGCUGCUAUCGUUGGUUUUUACUCCUCCAGAUGUCGGUUCUCCUCUGUUUGGAUCGAUUCGCUGUAGGAGGUGCUGUUGUAGCCCAAGACACACGUGCUGUUAUCUGUAGGUUUGAAUCCGUUUUAACAAACUGUUUCUUUUUGUUUUUUCGAAGCUUAAAGGACCAAGUACGAGAUGUUUUUUCUUUGUGGAUGCAGAAGGUUUAUUAGAAGGGAAAGCUCACACUACGAGGUUUUUUCUUUUGUCGACAUCUGAAAAAGCCUGACCUUUCUGCUCGACGUUUGUGAUCAGAAAUGAGCUCGCCUCAAAUGAGACAUUUCCGUAAACGCGACGUGUAACACAACUGCAACAAGCUGAAAACAAGUGUGCACUUUGACGGCACGCCGCCCGGUUGACUAAAGCUGAAGCACUACGAUUAUUGUUUGUUUCUGAUCAGUAUUUUUGAUUGUUUUUAAUGAGCUAAAUUCAUUUUGGGGGAAUUUUGGUGUUAAAGGACAGAAUGGAAAAAAUGUCAAUGUGUGUUUUGAUGUUUUUUGACUUGUGUUUAUGGUGUUAAAAGUUUUCCCUUUUUUGUUUUUUACUUGUUGCUGCUGGUUGAUGCAUCUAGUUUAUGAGAUCUAACAGAAUGAGGUUCCUAAUGUCAAUUAAGACUCAAUUAUCUGGGGAAAAAAAAGUUUGAUAUUUUCGCUGGUUUUUCACUUUCCAAACAUCAGAAACGGGAAAUUCUUUGUUUCCUUUCUCCUCCCGUCUGUCUGUUUUGCUGUUGACGUGAAUUUCGUGAAACGUCUCCGUAGAUUGGAAGAAGAGACCCAAAGAUGUUUUCAAACCAUCAUGGAGGAGAGAAGGGGGCGGGGCUAGACUGAAUGACUGCUGACUUUUCUUAGCUGCCUCAUCAUCUUCUUUGUUGUUUGACUGAUGCAUGAACUCCUAAUAAAGUUAGCAUCUGUGAUCUGCA